AUGGCUUUGGCUUAUUUAUUUUAUUUUAUUUUAUUUAACCUAAUGGUGGAGUUCUUCUUCACUCUUCAUUUCUCUCUCAUCAGAACCACAAAAAAAGAAACCCACAGAGAGUUAUAGAGAGAGAGAGAGAGAGAGACAGUUUUUGCAGGAGAUGAUGAUAUAUGUUCUUUUAUUUCCUUGUCAUUUAAUUUCUUGAAGAGGCUUUAUUUCUUUCUUCCUGGAAAUUAAAUACAUCUUUGAAUUUUAUUUUUUUUGCCCCUUUUCUUUUUUACAAAUUUUUCUAAACUACAACAAACAAAGAGGAACUCAAAAUUGUUGUAAUCUCCCUCCACUUUCUUACUCUAUUUUGUUUUAAUUUCUUUGUUAGUCAUUUUUGUAAUUUAGAUCUGCAGUGAAGUUCAAUUUUAUUUUAUUUUUUUUUAAAUUUUUCCCAAAAAGCAAAAUGAAAACUUUAUCAUCAGUUCAUCAUCAUCAUCAGCAAGAGGAAGCUGAAAUCAUGUCAAAUUUGACAACUUCAGCUUCACCUAAUCAUGUCAAUAAUAAUAAUAAUAAUAAUAAUGCUUUGAAGAGGAAGAGGAACCAACCAGGCCAUCCAGAGCCUGGUGCAGAAGUGAUAGCUUUGUCCCCAAAGACUCUAGUGGCGACGAACAGAUUCGUGUGCGAAAUCUGCAAGAAAGGUUUCCAAAGGGACCAGAAUCUUCAGCUACACAGGCGAGGCCACAAUCUGCCAUGGAAGCUCAAGCAGAGGUCCAACUGUGUACCUACGAGGAAGAAGGUCUAUGUCUGCCCCGAGACAACCUGCGUCCACCAUGACCCUUCCAGAGCUCUCGGCGACCUCACAGGGAUCAAGAAACACUUCUGCAGAAAACAUGGCGAGAAGAAAUGGAAGUGUGAGAAAUGCUCCAAGAAAUACGCAGUUCAAUCCGAUUGGAAAGCCCACUCCAAAACCUGUGGCUCCAGGGAAUACAGAUGUGACUGUGGCACCAUCUUCUCCAGGAGGGAUAGCUUUGUUACACACAGGGCUUUCUGCGAUGCACUGGCUGAAGAAGCUACAAUAACGUCAUCAAUGGCGGACACAGCCCCAAUCCCUGUGAAGAAAGAGCUAAUUCACAGUUUCAGCAUCAGCCCUGAGACGAUAUUAAGUAGAAUUCCAAUUCUACCCCUGUCUUCAUCCUCCUCAUUAUCGCCAAUUACCUUUCCCCAAAACCCUAACCCUAGAAUUUGCCCUCCCCCCCAAAUCUCAGCCACAGCACUUUUACAGAAGGCAGCUGAAAUCGGUGCGAAAACCAGCAGUGUCAUCAGCACGCACGUGACGGGUCACGUGCCGGCGCCACCUGGAAACAUCGAAACGACAUGUCUGAACCUGGACAUGUCGUCACGUGACGGCAGCCUGCUGCAGAACCUCUUCGAUAAAGCUGCAAUUUCAGGUACAUUCACAGGUGAUCCUAACAGCCCUCCGCCUCCUUUCACGACGGCGGCGGCGGCGAUGAUGAUCGGCGGCGGCGGCCCUGGAUUCGAAUCUCCUUCCUACUUCGGCGAUGAUUUCUUGACCCAAUAUUCUUCCUCCAAGAAGGAUUCAGACAGCCUGGAUUUCGAUUCAACGAUGACUAGGGAUUUCUUGGGAUUGAAAAACCUGUCGCAAACUGAUAUUCUUAGCAUCACAGGAUUCGCCAUUAAUGGCGUCGACGGCCAUGGUCGUGAUAAUCACCAUCACCCACCAAAUCCCCGCCAAGGUAAUUAAUUAGCCUUUCAAUAGAUAUAAAAUUAUACAUAAAUGUAUGUAAACAUAUAUAUAUAUAUACAUAUGCAUCUGCAAUGUGUGUGUCUUCUUGAUUAAUCCGCCAUGGAAAUAAACCAUAUUGAAACCCUAGAUUUACAUAUACAUACACAUAUAUAUAUAUAUAAUACAUGUAUUGUACUUGAAAUGGCUUCUGGUAAUAUAUUGGGUGUGUCCUUUUGGGUGGGAUUGGAU